AUGUACUCUCAAAGUAGCUAUAAAAUUUAGAACUUUAGUCGAUACAUAAUAUUCCACAUAAUUGACUACUUAGAACUCUAGGAUGCCAUCCCAUUAAUAUUUACUGGCAAGCAUUUUAUCUAAACUAUAAGAUAUUCAGAGUAUGGGUAGAAUUAGCUAAAAAGAAUGAUAAAAAGAGAGCUCGGAAUAAUUAAUGAUUUUUAAGCAGAUAAGGAGUAUUUCUAGAAUAUUCGCAAGGAAAUUGAUCAAAAAUAAUAGAACAAUCGUAAUUAAAAUGUUGAGAGGAAUGAUCUUAGCAAUGAUAGAUGUGGUAAAAUAGAGGACAAGCUUAAUUCAUUCUAUGAUGACUUUGAGAAUUGUUUGUAAGUUUACGAGUAGAAAUUGAAGUGGUGGAGUCCAUAGUAUCAUAGAAUUUUUGGUUUCAAGACAAGUGGAGGAGUUGAUAAAAUGAGUUCGAGAUUAAGUGUGAGUAAUCUAUUUAUUCCUCAUUCUGGCCAUCACUAAGCUUUUUCCUCGGAUAUUGCCAAAAACAUUUUGGCCACAGGAGUCUUCUUAAAUGAAGAUCUUGAUUAGCUUUUAGCUAAUGUAGAAAAAAAGGUCUAAUUUUUUAUGGGAAUGGAUCUAAAGAGUAUAAAGAGAGAUUUUCAUCAGAAAGAAAUGAAAUGUCUUCUCUAAAUGAGAGUUUUUAUGUAGUUUUAACAAAUUGCACCAGAAACUUUUUAUGAAUAAGCAUAAUAUAGGGAAUGGCUACUAAAACCAAUUACUCAUCUAAUUAAAAAGGAGAUGAUAAUAACUUCAGAGACUUAGCUGAAGGAAGAAAUCAUAAAAAGGGCAUUGCAAUAUUCUAAUGAAGGAAAGGAAUUUAAUAGUUUGUUUGUGUACGGUGAUCAUCAAAAUAUUGAUAAUGCUGUAAUGUAGGAGAUGAAACACAAAAACAAUCACUACUAUGAGCUAAGGCAUAAGAAAUAAAUACAUGAUUGCGAACCAGUAUAUUAUCUUAUAGAUUAAAUCAAAAUCAACUUGCCUCAAAAUUUUACAUGCCCUGCAAAAACUUUAGCAGUAUUUGUUCAUAAUCAAGAUAUAGAUUACUUUGAAAAUGAGACUGUGAAGCUACUUGAUAAUUGUAUUACAAUCAAAGACCUGAUAGAAUUGAGAAAUAAGUAUCCUGAUAUCAUACCAAAAUUUUACCACUGUUCUUUGAAUGAAGAAAAUGGCUUAGCAAUGUAAAAUGCAACUGUCAUAUUUGAUCAAUCGAUGUACCUUGAUAGUGAAAAAACAUUUAAUAUAAAAAAUCCCUUAAGAUUAAUUCUCUGGACUAAAUUUGUUAACAGAGCAACUCUGAAUACUACCAUUGUAAGAUUUAUUAUUUUUAAAUACAAUCUUAGAAAUUUCACUAAAAGAUAGCAUGUAGAUUUGUAACAGUAAAGUUCAUAGAUAUGGACAACAGAAUGA